ACCACGUCAGUCAAACAUUGCUUAAGUGCACUAAAUAUAUUAUGGAACAACAGUGACGAAUAUCGAGGAAGAAGAAGAAGAAAAAUCAGUCAGGGUUUUGUAAAGAAUCAGCCUUGGCCUUGGUAUUCAAACACGCACAGCUAGAGAAAUAAGCAGGUAUGGCCUAGUAGGUGAAGGGGGCCUUAAGUAGGUGUGAAGAGAGAGAGAAAGGGGAGGAGGGGAGGAGAGUAAGAGAGGGAUGGAGAGAGAGUGAGAGAGAGAGAGAGAGAGAGAGAGAGAGAGAGAGAGAGAGAGAGAGAGAGAGAGAGAGAUGGAGAGAGAAAAGAAGGCAACGCAGUAAAAAAAAAAUAAUAAUAAAAAAAUAAAGGUUGCAACUUUUUUCCGGAUGUAACAUAGAAGAGUGACGUCACGUGGCUCGUAAUAUAAGUACACUCGAUUGCCUUCCUUGGUCAGUUGUGUCAACGAGAUCUCCAGAAUGAACACUAAGGUCCUGUUCUUGCUUGGCGUGGUGGCUGUGGCUGCUGCAGAUAAGCUACCGACCUACUCCUACAGCGCCCCACAGGGAUCUUUCGAGGACUCAGUGGAGUAUGAUGAUGCCAAGUACGACUUCAACUGGGCUGUGAAGGACGACGACUCCGGCAACGACUUCGGUCACCAGGAGUCCCGCGACGGCGAUAACACUCAGGGAUCGUACUACGUACAGCUCCCCGACGGCCGCCUGCAGAAGGUGACGUACUACGUGGAUGGCGACAAUGGAUACGUUGCCGACGUGACGUACGAGGGCGAGGCUCGUUAUGGCUCGGUUGAGUCUCGCGAAUACGUUCCCCCCAGGCCCGUGUACUCCGCCCCCGAGUCCCAAGAGUCAGUAGAGACUCCCGUGUACACCCCACCACGACCCCAGUAUGCCGCCCCAAGGCGCUCUUACGGCUUCCCUCAGUGAGGAAUGAUAACCAAAGCUGAUGAUCAGUUGCGUAGAACGGAAUGUAUCUAUUUAUUUAUAGACAUUAAUUACAUUAAAACUCAAUCAGGUAC